UGCCUCGGCCCCCUGACCUUCCAUCCCAGGGCCUUGGGAGACAUGAUCUGCCUGAGCGAGGGCGGUCGACGUGCCGAGAGGAUUGAAGACACUUUCUAUGGUGGUGUUGUUUUCACCAGACGCCCUGUGAGGACUUACGAGAGGAUCCGGGUGCUGGUGGAGAGGCACGUGCCACACUGGCAAGGAACCAUGCGCGUCGGCUUCACCAACGUUCGUCCAUCGGCCAGAUCUUUGCCUCUGCCCCAGUUUUCUAUGCCCGACCUAACCCAAACCUCGGGUCACUGGGCCACCCCUGUACCCGAGUCCUACUGUCAGGAAGGGUCGGUGCUGGAAUUCUGGGUCACAGAUGAUGACCACAUAUGUUUGAAAUUUCAAAACUUCAAGAAGAAAAAGGUAGAAGCAGAAGUGGACGUCAGCAAGCCUCUCUGGGCCAUGAUUGAUGUCUAUGGCCAGACGUGCUCCGUCUUCCUUCUGGGCUCAAAGACAAAGGGUUUUCUUUCUAAGAAAAGAUCUUGCCCUUUACCUGAGCCUCCCAUCAGACGGCCCUCCACUUUCAGUCAUGAAAAUACGACGCUGAGUAAAAACUUUGAUGACUGCAUCUCCUGCCUGAACAUGGAAAUCCCAGCCGAUGACCACUGCGUGGUGUGCAUGGUGCGGCAGAAGGACAUCACGCUGCCCUGUGGCCACCGCUGCCUCUGCAAUCACUGCACCCCCAAAAUCCUGGCGCAGUUCGGUACCUGUCCUCUGUGUCGACUGGAGAUCAGCUCUCCUACAGCGACGUGGACUUCCCUGCUGCAGGCUCAAAGACAAAGAAUUUUCUUUUCAAAAGAACAUCUUGUCCUAUACUUGACCCUCUCACCACAUAGCCCUGCAGUCUCAAACCCAACACAGAGGGAAAAAUCCAAUGACUGCAUCUCCUGCCGAGGCAUGGAAAUCCCAGCAGAUGACCGCUGCGUGGUGUGCAUGACGCGAGAAGCUGGCAUCAUGCUGCCCUGUGGCCACCACUGCCUCUGCCUCAUCUGCACCUCCAGAGUCUUGGUGCAGUUUGGCACCUGUCCGUUGUGUCGAGUGAGGAUUGACACUGGAGUGACGUUUGAAGACACCAUGAUCUCCAGAACUGGGGACAGCUAGCAUCAAAUUGAAACUACUAAGACUGUAACCAAGAAAACAUCACGAACUGCACCUUUUGACUGCAUCCUGCUGAGCAGCCAAAUUCAAGAGGACUUAGAUGCAGAUAAAUCUUUUUUAUAAAUAAUAUUUAAACAUGUACAUGUUUG